AUGGCAGUUGACGUGGCAUCCAUGUCGGUGGAGGAGCUGGAGGCUGUGUGGCUGAGGCGAGCUGGCAUGAGGAGCGACCUGAGUGUGACUAUACCGGGGAUGACUGCACCAGGAGUGACUGAGUCAUCCACUGAGGACCCUGAUUCUGGUCGCAACCACAUCGACAUCGUGGGCUUGCCCGGAGGAGAAAGGGCCUUCAAGCAGGUCGCCAGCUUUUGCUACGGGAUGGAUUUCAAGAUCUCACCACUUGAUGCUCCUGCCCUCGCCUGUGCUGCCGCAUUCCUGGGAAUGAAGGAUGACUCGCGCAAGGGCAUGGGCAAGUACCGAGUGAACCUGCUGUCGUUCGCUGCUGCAGCCAUGGCAGGCAUGCUCAAACACGCCGAUGCUGCCCUUGCUGUACUCAGAGGCUGUGCGGGCCUGCUGGCUGAAGCAGACGCCCUGGGAAUCGUGGAUGAGGCAACAGACAGGCUGGCGGACCAUGCAGUUACCAGUCACAACCUCUGCACCACACCCAUUCAUACCAGUGACGGCAUUGCUCUCCUGCCUCUCGACAUCUUCCUUCGCCUUCUGGCCAAGUUCAAGGAAAAGAAUCUGCCCGAGAAGGAAAACGGCAGCGCAAUCGCCUUCUAUGCACAGCACAACCUGCCCGACCCAAAAUCCCUUGCUGCCCUCUCUUACUCCGACCCUCCCCCUCCCCACUCCUCGUCCACCUCCUCUUCCUCCGCCUCCUCUCUCUCCCCCGCGCACUACCGUCGGGUUCUGGAGGGCCUGACAGCAGCGUUGCCUGCUGCUGCUGCCAGUGUGCCCAUGCAACCGCUGCUGGGGCUGCUGCGUUGUGCUAUUGUGCUCAACGCAAGUGAAGGGGUCAAGGCCACCCUGCAGCGUCGGGCAGGAGCGCUCUUCACCGAUGCAUCGCUGGACGAUCUGCUCAUGCUGGAGACCAGUGACGUGCAGGUGAGGUUUGGUGAGGUGGGGAGUGGUGCAGAGGGAUUGAGCGCACUGGCCUGCGGUAGUGGUGGAGCACUAAGCAUGUUCCACUCCUUUCCCCUGUCAUUCCCCCCUCUUCCCCGCUACUCCCUCUCCCCUCUUCAGGGUCUGCUGCACGGCAUGUUCCACUCCUUUCCCCUGUCAUUCCCCCCUCUCCCGCUCCCUCUCAGCAUGUUCCACUCCUUUCCCCUGUCAUUCCCCCCUCUCCCGCUCCCUCUCAGCAUGUUCCACUCCUUUCCCCUGUCAUUCCCCCCUCUCCCGCUCCCUCUCAGCAUGUUCCACUCCUUUCCCCUGUCAUUCCCCCCUCUCCCGCUCCCUCUCAGCAUGUUCCACUCCUUUCCCCUGUCAUUCCCCCCUCUCCCGCUCCCUGUCAUUCCCCCCUCUCCCGCUCCCUGUCAUUCCCCCCUCUCCCGCUCCCUGUCAUUCCCCCCUCUCCCGCUCCCUGUCAUUCCCCCCUCUCCCGCUCCCUGUCAUUCCCCCCUCUCCCGCUCCCUGUCAUUCCCCCCUCUCCCGCUCCCUGUCAUUCCCCGCUACUCUCUCUCUCCCCAUCAGGGUCUGCUGCACGGCUUUGCAUCGGAGGAGCACCUCUCCGCUCUACCUGAUCGCGCACAAGCCCUGCAGGCUGCAGCAUCGCUCAUCGAUGCCUAUCUCCUCCGCCUCUCCUCCCCUCGCUGUGCCGGCGGUGCUCCUGCUAGUAACGAAGCAGCUGCUAUCGAGGAUGAGACGUCCAAGUCUGAAUCACAGGCUUUCCAGCCGGCCCUAAGUGUGGCGGAGUGGAAGCAUCUGGUCUCUGCCCUCCCGGCUGACGCGCGGCCGUCCCAUAACGGGUUGCUUAAGGCAGUAACCGCCUACCUGACAGCUGUUGGCACGGGAUUGGCUGAAUGGGAGGUGGCAACGCUGGUGGGUGUGGUAACCCCCUCGCGCCUCUCCCCCUCGGCCAUGGAAGCUGCUGCUGCGUGCUCUCUGCUGCCUCUGCCAUUCCUGGUCGCUGUGCUGCGCAUUCAGAAGGAGGUGGUAACGCUGGUGGGUGUGGCAAUGGACGCUGCUGCCGCGUGCAAGUUGCUGCCUGUGCCGUUCCUCGUCUCUGUGCUGCGCAUUCAGAAGGAGGUGGUAACGCUGGUGGGUGUGGCAAUGGACGCUGCUGCCGCGUGCAAGUUGCUGCCUGUGCCGUUCCUCGUCUCUGUGCUGCGCAUUCAGAAAGAGGUGGUAACGCUGGUGGGUGUGGCAAUGGACGCUGCUGCCGCGUGCAAGUUGCUGCCUGUGCCGUUCCUCGUCUCUGUGCUGCGCAUUCAGAAAGAGGUGGUAACGCUGGUGGGUGUGGCAAUGGACGCUGCUGCCGCGUGCAAGUUGCUGCCUGUGCCGUUCCUCGUCUCUGUGCUGCGCAUUCAGAAGGAGGUGGUAACGCUGGUGGGUGUGGCAAUGGACGCUGCUGCCGCGUGCAAGUUGCUGCCUGUGCCGUUCCUCGUCUCUGUGCUGCGCAUUCAGAAGGAGGUGGUAACGCUGGUGGGUGUGGCAAUGGACGCUGCUGCCGCGUGCAAGUUGCUGCCUGUGCCGUUCCUCGUCUCUGUGCUGCGCAUUCAGAAAGAGGUGGUAACGCUGGUGGGUGUGGCAAUGGACGCUGCUGCCGCGUGCAAGUUGCUGCCUGUGCCGUUCCUCGUCUCUGUGCUGCGCAUUCAGAAGGAGGUGGUAACGCUGGUGGGUGUGGCAAUGGACGCUGCUGCCGCGUGCAAGUUGCUGCCUGUGCCGUUCCUCGUCUCUGUGCUGCGCAUUCAGAAAGAGGUGGUAACGCUGGUGGGUGUGGCAAUGGACGCUGCUGCCGCGUGCAAGUUGCUGCCUGUGCCGUUCCUCGUCUCUGUGCUGCGCAUUCAGAAGGAGGUGGUAACGCUGGUGGGUGUGGCAAUGGACGCUGCUGCCGCGUGCAAGUUGCUGCCUGUGCCGUUCCUCGUCUCUGUGCUGCGCAUUCAGAAGGAGGUGGUAACGCUGGUGGGUGUGGCAAUGGACGCUGCUGCCGCGUGCAAGUUGCUGCCUGUGCCGUUCCUUGUCUCUGUGCUGCGCAUUCAGAAAGAGGUGGUAACGCUGGUGGGUGUGGCAAUGGACGCUGCUGCCGCGUGCAAGCUGCUGCCUGUGCCGUUCCUCGUCUCUGUGCUGCGCAUUCAGAAAGAGGUGACAGCGCUGGUGGGUGCGGUAACCUCCUCUCGCCUCUCCCCCUCGGCAGUGGAAACUGCUGCUGACUCGGCCAUUUCUCACAUGGGAGGAGGUAUGGAAAGAGGUACAGAGAUGGGAGGAGGUAUGGAAAGAGGUACAGAGAUGGGAGGAGGUAUGGAAAGAGGUACAGAGAUGGGAGGAGGUAUGGAAAGAGGUACAGAGAUGGGAGGAGGUAUGGAAAGAGGUAAAGAGAUGGGAGGAGGUAUGGAAAGAGGUACAGAGAUGGGAGGAGGUAUGGAAAGAGGUACAGAGAUGGGAGGAGGUAUGGUAAGAGGUACAGAGAUGGGAGGAGGUAUGGAAAGAGGUACAGAGAUGGGAGGAGGUAUGGAAAGAGGUACAGAGAUGGGAGGAGGUAUGGAAAGAGGUACAGAGAUGGGAGGAGGUAUGGUAAGAGGUACAGAGAUGGGAGGAGGUAUGGAAAGAGGUACAGAGAUGGGAGGAGGUAUGGUAAGAGGUACAGAGAUGGGAGGAGGUAUGGAAAGAGGUACAGAGAUGGGAGGAGGUGGAAAAGGGGAAGUCCAGCUCCUGCCGGUUGAGAUAAAAGGCCUGCUCUUCUGCGCGCCCUCAUCUUCUUUCUCCUUCCUCUUCCCUCCUGGGACAGAGGCAAGGGCGGCGCUGCUGCAACAGCAGAGGCAGGUGGAAGCAGAGGAGGUGGAGACGAGGAAGGCAGAGGCAGAGGCGGCAAGGGCGACACUGCAGCAGCAGCAGAGGCAGGUGGAAGCAGAGGAGGCGGAGACCAGGAAGGCAGAGGCAGCGGUGGGGCAGCUGAAAGAGCUGGUGGCGGAACAGAGGGGGCGGAAGAGGGAGAUUCAGAGAGAGCUGCUGGUGGUGAAGGCUGCCCUGCUAGAGGACCACCGUGCGCUCCAGACAGAGCUGGCAGAGGCAGAGGCACGCAAGGGAGCUCUGGAGCAGCAGCUCAGGGCCGCUGCUGUGGCUGCUCGCUAG